AAGUGAGCCUGAGAGGAGGGCCCUGAGGGUCUUUAGAUUCUGGGAAAUGUCUGAUUGGCAGAUGUUAAAAGGGAUUCUUUGGUAAUCCAGUGCAUCAAUGAACUGCACAAAUUCAGUCCAGAGCUGCAAGAAUUCAGGCAUGAGGACACUGUGCAGGAGGCUUGCACAGGCAGACCGAGAUGGACAGAACCUUGGAAUCUCUAAGGCACAUCGUUGCCCAAGCCCUGCCUCACAGAGACCCGGCUUUGGUCUUCAAAGACUUGAAUGUUGUGUCAAUGUUACAGGAAUUUUGGGAAAAUAAGCAGCAGCAGAGAGCCACAUUCUCCAGUGAAGGCCUGGUGGUCUAUGAGUCAAUGCCCUCCUCUGGGCCUCCCUUUGUGAGCUACGUGACUCUCCCUGGAGGCAGCUGCUUUGGCAACUUUCAGUGCUGCUUAAGCAGAGCUGAGGCCAGGCGGGAUGCAGCUAAAGUGGCGCUCAUCAACUCUCUCUUCAACGAGCUGCCCUCCCGAAGGAUCACCAAGGAGUUCAUUAUGGAGAGUGUUCAGGAAGCAGUGGCCUCCACCAGUGGCACGUUAGAUGAUGCGGAUGACCCCAGCACAAGUGUCGGAGCCUAUCAUUACAUGUUGGAGUCAAACAUGGGGAAGACUAUGCUGGAGUUUCAGGAACUGAUGACUGUUUUCCAACUAUUGCACUGGAAUGGAAGCCUGAAAGCCCUCCGUGAAACAAAGUGCUCUCGACAGGAAGUCAUCUCCUAUUAUUCCCAAUAUUCUUUAGAUGAAAAGAUGCGAAGCCACAUGGCCCUGGACUGGAUCAUGAAGGAGCGAGAGUCACCAGGGAUUCUCUCCCAAGAGCUGCGUGCAGCCCUGGGACAGCUGGAGGAAGCCAGGAAGGCAGGACAAGAGCUACGGUUUUACAAAGAAAAAAAAGAAAUCCUGAGCUUGGCUCUGACUCAGAUCUAUAGUGACCCUGACCCUUCCUCACCCAGUGAUGACCAGCUAAGCCUCACAGCUCUGUGUGGCUAUCAUUAGCAAGGCCAGGUCUCAGGUUUCCUGAGGACUUUCACAUCAGGAAUCUCCUUGACAGAAGCUGUUAGAGAUGUUAACUUAGUAGUCACUACCCGAAGGGUAUACUGUACCUAUUCUGUUCACAGAAUGGGAGCAUAAGACUGGUCCAGACCUCAACUUCCUUCUUCAUGUAUGUUUUCAACUAUACCCCUAGUAGUUCUACUUCAGAAUGAAAGAAUGACAACAGAACUGCUUGGAAAGAAUUCUUCAGGGUUUGAUCCAGUCUAAAGCCUGGCUGAUAUGUGCCUUGUUUCACAAGAACCCUCCAAGAAAACAGCAGCAGGACUAGGGAAUGUAGCAUGCUAACAACUUGGUUUUUGUUGUUGUUGUUUUAAGAAAGGGUUUCUCUGGCCUUGAACUCAGAGAUCUGCCAGCCUCUUCCUCCUGAGUGCAUUGAAGACAUGUGUCGCCACUACCACCUAGCUGAUCACAACUUUUAAAAUUCUGAAGAUUAAAUAAAUAGUACAGAUUAUUUGAUAAAAAUGUACAGCAGUCAGUAUAUUCUUGAGCACUCCUGAAAAUUGCUAUAUUCUCACCAUACAUUGUGAAAUUAGUUUUAAUAACAAAAUUAUAACAUAUCAUAUUUCUCAGACAAGAGAAAAUUAAGCUACAUAACUGCCCUAUUACAAUAUCCUAAGAAAGUAAUUGUGUGUAAUAUUAGAUAGAUUUUAUCUCAAAAUGUUAUUUUAACAAAAAUUACAUUGCUG